AUGGCUGGCCCGGUCAGUAAGCGCCUGAUUGACGGCAGCAUCUUUGUUGAAUACGAGCGCAGACACACGGAGGCCUUGGCGACGCUGGGGCGUAUCAACAACGAUAAGAUCAAUUGGCUUGGUCUGCAUGACCCCUGGGAGAGCAUAUCGGAGUACCUCGACCCCCUCACAACGACGUACAACAUGUUCAACGCACAAGGGGUCGACAGUUCGGAGAACAAUUAUUGCCUCGCGAUCCUUGUCGGACUCGACUCGGGCUUCGACUAUAAUAUUCAGCUUCUCGAACAGCUCGGCGAUGGGUGACCAAAAGAACACAACGACCCAACGCUACUCCAGGAGGAGCUUCGCUAGCGUUGCAAGAAUACUAACGAGUUGGUCGGCACUGUCAUAUUCAACAAAUAUUCCACCCAUGGUGGCAAAAGAAAGACAAGUCGCUGGAAUUGGUCGCAAGCAUGGCCACCUGCAAAAAGAAUGUCGAUCAAAAAGGAGUGCAAAGUCACUGCUCAGCAGAGAAGCUGCACGCCGCUUCGACAGUUGCUAUGACAUCAUUUACUCUACGCCAUGUUUCCCAGCAGCGCACGCACGUCAAGAACAACAACAUUCUCCGCAUGGGACAUUUGCACCACCUCGUCCUUCAAAGCACUGCACUCACCAACAAGGUCAAGGACUCUACUGUCAGCAAGCACACCAAUGGCGGCAUGAUGGGGGCAAUGGCCAAGGACGGCUAUGGACUGAUCCGUGUCAAGCCAGACAAGGGCACAGUCGUCGACAUCCAAGUCAAGAAUGCACUUAAAGUCGAAGUUAUGCAGCCGAACCAUAUCAUUGUCAGUGACGACAAACUUAUGGAAGCCCGUGGCUGUAGCACGCUGAAGAAGGAUGGUGUGAAGCCUAUUUGGGCAGUGGAAACAGCAUAGUAACUGUAAGGCCAGGUUUGGAGAGCGGCAUCCCAGCUCGCCUUGUCAUGAAUUGAACCACCAUUGCAAUUCAGAACAUGUCAGCAUAUGCAGGUUGUACAGAUGCGGGCGGUGGGCUAUGACACAUAUGCUUCG